AGUCCGAGCUAUAUCAACAACAGAACAGUGAAGGAAUGUGCAUACGUGCUCUUCUAUAGACGUGUAAACCUCAAAGAUGCUAUGUCGUCUGUUGAACUGGUGUUUAACGCAGAAAGAGAUGCACGCCUACAUGACACGGUUGUGGCAGAGCUCGACAAUCUACAUGUGAAAUGAACGGAUGUUCUAACUCUCCUUGACAAUAACUGGGUAAACGAUCAGAUCGUCAACUUCUACAUGCAUGUCUUGAAACGAAAUUAUGUCGACAUCGAAGUUGUCGACGUUUUUUUCGUGACGGCCGUGACGAGCAAGAGGAAUCCUGAAAAAUAUCUUCCACCUGGAUGGAUACAAAGGAACCGUCUCGUUAUGAUUCCUGUCUUGCUCAGGGAUCAUUGGUCCUUAGUUGUACUAGAUGUCCAAAACAGUACCAUUAGAUCACUUGACUCCAGGGCCGGGAAGAGCAGAGCGCCCCUAUUCGUCUGGAGGUAUCUGUUGUCAACAAGUUGGUCAAAAAAGAAGUGGAAAAUAGAGAAAUUUGAGAAUAUCCCACAACAAAACAACGGGCAUGACUGUGGUGUAUUCAUGUUGCAGUUCGCACGUUCAGAGGCAAACCAGAGACUGCCGGAUUUUUCUCAAGGUGAUGUAUCCCGGAUUCGGAAGAUAAUGGUGCAUGAAAUUCUCUCGGGAUCAUUGUUUGAAGAGCCAUAGCAACUUACCCUGGCCAGACGGAUGUUUUUGCCCUGUACUUCUGCAAAACAUAUUAUAGUGAUAGAAUUGUACUAAUGGAUACAAGCAGUAUUCAGUUCCUGAAAUUGCUGCGACCCUGACCUUUGACUAACUGACGUCAAAAAAUAGAGCAAUUUGUUAUACCUUAAUCACUCUCGUUGACACAAUUGUUCGCGAGUGUGUGGUAUUGGGCUUUCAAGCCUGGUGAACACCAACCAUACUUGACUUUUGAUCAACUAACAUCAACAUGAAUAUGGUUUAUAUGCUGGGCAUGACAAUUCACACUACAAAGUGUGAGGACAUUGAGCCAAAAAAAAUUCAGUCUCCACGAGAACUACAAAAACUCCAGAUUUUAUAGUACUAACAAUUAUAAACUUACGGUUUAUUGUUUUAAGCUAUGCCUGAUGGUCAGUGUGACACAAUAUAUGAAUGAAAAAGGGGAAUUUGAUUUCAGUUCAUCAGAUUAAUAUUAUUUUAUUUAUCUAAAUCUUACUAAACAUAUUAUGUACGUGUAAAAUUCCCAUGUGUCAAAUUACAUAUCUUUCAUAAUGCAAAUGUAUAAACGGACGCCAGUGCCCUACAAUGCCUGUUUUAUGGCUGUAUUCUUACAAAAUCAUAACAUAAUUGUCAUAUUUACUUUUUAUUAUAUGUUUGCUUACAAACAAAUUCAUUUAAAUAUUUUUCAACGGAUCAAUUAUCAUACUUGCAAUAUUAUUUUCACAAAUAUUUCAAAGCUAAAUCUUAACUAUUUGAAAAGGGAAGUAAUAAGAGAAUGAUACGGCCUUGUUGGAGGUUGAACAGUUUCUGCAUUAUAUCAUACACACUGUUAUUUGUGUGAUUUUCGAGUAAACUUAUUUAUAAAAGAUCAGAUUAUUUUAGUAAAACAUCCACCAGAACUGAUUUUCUCAUAUUUGAUAAAUCGGGUCCAAUGGUCCGUUAACUAUGCCGUAUAACAACAUAUAGAGCUCUAACGGCAUUUGGGGCAAGUUAAGAUAACGGUAUAAUUCAUAAGUUCAUUUGUUUCUAGAUGUAUUUUUUUCGUUUAUCGGUUUAUGCAAUUGUUUGUUCAUAGAGCUUGUUGUUGUUGUUUUUUCAAACAUAUGUCAUUGUCUUAUUUUACAUCAAUAAUGCUUACCGGUACUGGUACAAUUUGAUCACGUGCUGCUCCGUGGAUCAACAUUAAAACCUAUACCAAACUGACGUCGCGUUUCCAUGCGGUGUCAAUAAUCAAAUACGAGGAAUUCAGACCUCAGACAUUGACGUUUAAGAGUGAUCGUUAUGUAGAUGGACAACUUUUGACAAAAAACCUCAUUCAGGUCCGAAUUUUUUAUCUGUUAAAAUGUUGGCCUCAGUAUGUUAGGCUGUUGGUACUCUUCCAAGAAAUUUAAAUCAUAUCAAGUCCGAAAUGGUAUAAACUUCUUCUGCGAGAUUUGCAUACAAAAGUAAACUUGGUCUUUAUUAAUGGAGCGCACACAGUGUACGCCCCCUCCCCCCCUUUAAAUCCGUAAGUGAAAUUUUGCAUCGCCCUUUUUGUAUAAAACUUU